GAAAAGGCAGAAAGCGUUUGCUCGCCUUUUUUGUUCUUGCGAAGGAGUUUCAAGAGGAAUCGUGGACAACCGUCUUCUGUAUCCCUUUUUGCUCUUUCUUAUUUGCGUGUGUGGGGGGGGUCUGUUUCCUUUAAAGCCCGAUCCUGAGGAAAUUUUCCAAGUCUUGGAAAACUCAGGACAGAGAAGGCGUAUUUUUUCCUCAAAGGGUGCAUAGUGAGCUAUGGCGUUUACUCCCACAAGAUACAGGGAUGGCCACCAAUGCGGCUGGCUUUAAAAGCCUUGGUUAUUACCUUACCCUCCCUUCUGGUCUGUGAAACCCCAGUCAAGGAUCAGGCCUUCGUACUACAGCACCAGAAAUUUCCCAGAACAUCAUCUGAUGAGAUAUUUCCGAACUGAGUUCUGUAUGUUUGGAGGCCAAUUAUGGCAAAGAGAAAAGAAAGAGGUUUUUCAACACCGGUAUCCAACAAAAGACCUAGACAAGAAUUCAGUGAUUCUGAUGAAGACCCUAGUGAAGAGGAAUGGUCACAGCAACAAAAUGACAGCAGUUGUAACUCCCAAUCGGCAUCGGGAGAAGUUGGAAUAAUUGAAAGUAUCCAGCUGAAGAACUUCAUGUGUCAUUCAAUGCUAGGCCCCUUCAAGUUUGGAUCCAAUGUCAAUUUUAUAGUUGGAAAUAAUGGAAGUGGGAAGAGUGCUGUGUUAACUGCCCUUAUUGUUGGUCUUGGAGGAAAAGCCACAGUGACAAACAGAGGAUCAUCUUUGAAAGUGUUUGUGAAAGAAGGACAGAGUUCUGCAGAUAUUUCAGUAACUCUGCGUAACAGAGGUGAAGAUGCAUUUAAACCACAACAUUAUGGUGACUCUAUCACUGUCAGUCAACACAUAAGCUUGGAAGGGCAUCGUAGUUACAAGCUGAAAAGCAGUACAGGUGUCUUAAUUUCUUCUAAGAAGGAAGAACUUACUGCAAUCUUGGAUCACUUUAAUAUCCAGGUAGAUAAUCCUGUAUCUGUACUCACCCAGGAAAUGAGCAAGCAGUUCUUACAGUCUAAAAAUGAAGGUGACAAAUACAAGUUCUUUAUGAAAGCAACACAGUUGGAGCAGAUGAAAGAAGACUAUUCUUACAUCAUGGAAACCAAAGCAAGAACACAUGAUCAGAUUGAACAAGGAGGAGAGUUUCUUGAACAACUUAGGAAGCACUAUUUGGAGAAGGAGGAUCGUUACAAAAGUAUUGCUUUUGUGAGCGAAAUGCAAAAUGAGCUAAAGAAAUUACAGCAUCAAAUAGCUUGGGCAAUGGUGAGAGACACUGAAAAAGAAAUUAAAACAAUCAGAGAUGAUGUUGGAGCUCAAGAGGCAAGAACUGAGAAAUUUGUUGAAAAAGUGAAAGAAUGGCAGGCUAAGGUAAAGGCUGCAGAAAUAAAACACCAAACUAUGCAAGAGAAACUAGACAAGUGUACUGAAGAAUAUCAAACGUUACAACCUUCAUGUGUUACUUCGAAAACAGAAGUGCAGGCUAAAAAAAAAGCAUACUAUGAUGCAGAGGCAGCACAUAAUCGGUCUCAAACUGAAUUGAAACGCUUGGUGAAAGACCAUGAACAACUUCGCAAAAAAAUUGAAGAACUAAAAAAUAGUGCUGAACAGAUAUCAGAGCCUGAAAAGUUGGAAAAACAGAAAAGAAUUGACAGCUUGAAAGAGCAGAUGAAGAUGUUUCAUGAUCAAGAUGAAUCAACUGGUCAGCAAAUACAGCAGUUUCAACAUGCUGUAGAUACAUACAAGGAAGAUUCUGCAAGGAUUAAGAAGGAAGAACGUGAACUGAACCAAAUGUUGGAUUCUCAGCAACGACAGCUAAAAGAGUUGAAGGAGAGUAAAACAAAUAGACUGAAAAGAUUUGGACAAUAUAUGCCAGACCUUUGUGAAGCAAUUGAAAGGGCUGAUCAACAGAGGCAGUUUAAACACAAACCAAUAGGGCCCCUAGGUGCUUUUAUUCAUCUGAAAGAUGCUGAACUUGCUGUGGCUGUUGAGUCAUGUUUAAAAAACUUGAUUUUGGCAUUUUGCUGUGAUAAUCAUAAAGAUGAAAGAGUUUUACAGACAUUGAUGUCCAAGUUCUGUCAACCUGGUUCUCGGCCUCAAAUCAUAGUUAAUCCUUUUCAAAGUAAUGUUUAUGAUGUAAGGCAAAGAGCUGUUUUUCAUCCUGACUUCCCAUCGGUCUUGACGGCUUUAGACAUUGAUAAUGCAGUAAUAGCCAAUUGUUUAAUUAACAUGAGGGGUAUAGAAACAGUCCUGUUAAUCAAAAGUAAUCAUGAUGCUCGCAGAGUUAUGCAGCAAAACAAGCCUCCAAAAAAUUGUAAAGAAGCUUUCACUGCUGAUGGUGAUCAGGUAUUUGAGAGACGGUAUUAUUCUUGUGAAUAUACCAGACCCAGAUACCUUAGCAGAGAUGUGGAAGCAGACAUAAGUCACUCGGAGAGAGAAGUUGAAAACAAAAAAAAACAACUGUCACUAUUUCAACAACGUAUACGUUCUCUUGAGAAUGAUAUAAGAGAGAAUGAACGCUUCCUCCUUACUCAUCAUCAGUACCAAAAACAAUUACAAGUAAAAAUGAGAAAAACAAAGCUAGAAAUUAUGGAUCUUGAGAAUGUAGAAGAACACCAGUCAGUAGUUGUCUCUACAUUAGAAGAAGAAGCCCAAGAUAACAAGAGAAAAAUGGAAGCUGUUAAGGAGGGUAUACUUCAGCAUCAAAAGAAAAUGGAGGGAAUGAAACAUAUUCUACAAGAGGCAGAACAUAAAUUAGAAGCAGUUAUAGAAAAAAUCCAUCAAGUCACAGAAGAAACUGAACAAGUCCAGGAUGGGCUACGUCCAGCGAAUGAAGAACUAGAAAAAAGUAAUAGCCACUUGAAAUAUUAUGAGGAAAAAGAAAAAGACCAUUUGGAAUCUAUAAAAACACAUAAAAAUAAUCUAACUACAAAAGAGAGAGAAUUAAUGGAAAUGAUUGCUAAGGCAUCAGAAAUUCAUCCAGAGCGAAUAGAAGUUAAUCGAACUUAUAAGAGCCUUGAUACAGAAAUGAAUCGGUUAAGAGAAAAGAUCAAUUCAGAAAGAGACCGUACUGGAGACAGAGAAGAAAUAAUAAGGCAGCUUCAGGAAGCAAAAGAAAAAUAUCAGAAGGCAGAGAGUGAAGUCAAGAGUUUGAAGAAGUUUAUUAAACUAUUGGAUGAGGUGAUGAUUCAGAGAUACAAAACAUAUCUGCAUUUCAGAAGGUUCCUUACUAUGCGAUGCAAAUACUAUUUUAACUCUUUGUUAAGUCAACGAUUAUAUUCUGGAAAAAUAGAAUUUGACCACAAGAAUGAAAAGCUUUCAAUUACUGUCCAGCCUGGGGAGGGAAACAAAGCUGUUCUAGAUGACAUGAAAUCUUUAUCUGGAGGUGAACGUUCCUUCUCUACAGUUUGCUUCAUCCUUUCUCUGUGGUCUAUUGCCGAAUCUCCUUUCAGAUGCUUGGAUGAAUUUGAUGUCUUUAUGGACAUGGUUAACAGAAGAAUCGCAAUGGAUAUGAUGCUUAAGAUGGCAGAUUCUCAGCGUUAUCGGCAGUUUAUUUUGCUUACACCACAGAGUAUGAGUUCCUUGCCUACAAGUCGUCUUAUUCGAAUCCUUCGAAUGCAAGACCCUGAGAGGGGACAGACCACACUGAAUUUCCGUCAUAGAGAAGAUGAAGAUGAAGAAUGAGUGCCUUAAUCACAUACUGUGCACUUUAGCAGCUUGUUGCAUAUUAUAUAUGUAGGCAUUAAAACUGCAGUUCCGCGUAUGCUCAUGUCCUGCUGAAAUCGAAGACACUUAAGUCUUUAAUUACCCAGGUUAUGUCUACAAGAUGCAUGGGUGUAAUUGUGCCUUUUAUUCUUAGUGCAGCUUGCAGUGCUAAACAACAAAACUGCAAUUUAUGUUUCAGAGCUUUUGGUGAUGGAACUGCAGCAGUAAACAUGUUCUCUCCUGUACUAGUUGGGUCCUCUGGACUUCAGUUGCUGUUUUGUUCUUGAAAAUAAUAGAAAAGGUAUUAAUUGGGGAAGCAACAGUCGUGGUUUUAUUAUUUUUAUAGUUCUAUGUUCCAAAAUAAGACAAAUCUUAACGUUUUGAGACAUUAUUUUUACAAUAAAAGCUUUUUCCCCAUAACAGUUGAGAAAUCAAACUCAUGCCCAUAAUUCCUUCCAUAUUUUUCCCCAUCACUGUAAAAUCUUACCCUUUGUUUAAGACAGUUUCUUGCAUAUAGAAUUGAAGGAUUUAUCCAGUCUCUAGUUCAGAUGCAUCAACCAUCUGGUUCUUCUCUGUCAAAGAAAUUUUGCAGUAAAGAUUUCUUAACAAAUUCUCUUCUUGGGAGCUUCAUAAAACAACUCAAUUUUCUAAAUAUUUCACUCAGAUCUGAGAUUUUCGUUAACAACAACAAAACAGUGUCUUGACCUCAUCAAAUUCCUUUUUUUGCAUUAAGGAAAACCAAUCUUAAUUUCUCACCUCACCUAAAUUAAAUAUAUAAUCUGGCAUAACCCCCCCCAAAAAAAUGUUGCACUACCUGUAAAAAGAAUAGAUCAUUCCUACAUAAAAACCUUUGAAGUUUUGAAGAGCACUGUAUAUCUGAAAGUCAAAUUGUCAAAGAAAGAAUAUGCUGAACAGACCAUGAAAGAAGAAAUGGGGAGCGGGGAGGAAACCAAGCCACUGGAUCCUGGUGGGUUGCCAUCAGACUAUUAUAAAAUCUAGCUUUAUAUUUUGACUGUUUGAUUAAUGGAAGAAUUCCUAAAUUGUGAAAGAGAGCUUCAAUUAUGGUAAUUUGGAAGGAAGAAAAGAUUUAUUGUCCCCUUUUUCAGACUCAUUGAGGUUAGCAACUUACCUGAUUUUUUCAUGUACUCAACAAAAUUUUGUUUAGAGGGACAAAUGGCUUUUCAAGAUUCCUGUGUUUAAGGUUUUUAUUCUCUUUCCUGCAUCAUAUAUCUUUUAUUCAUCUGUAUCUUUUAUGAGAUGCUAUACUAAGAGAUGUUCUCUUAGUACCUGCCUUCCAUGUUGAAUCUAAGCUUAAUCUUGUUUUUAUUAAAAUACAACUGCUCAGAUUUCUUUAAUUUACCUUUAUUUCUUGCAACAAAGUUGCACUUAAGUUUCAUGGGUACAUUGUUUUAGGUUUGU